GGGGGGCGGAAGGUCUUGUUUGUGUUUUGGUUCUAAGGGGAAGUUGCGAGAAGAAAGAAAAAGGAGGAGACGUGACGGGGUUGUUGAAAUUUAUUUUCUCGGUUCCCCCCUGCCCACCACCACCACCGGCACCACCUCACCGCGGUGUCCCUGGUCCCGUGCGUGAAACCCCACAGCGGCGGCGUUGGAAAGUUACCCCCAUCGUCUGGCUCUCAGUAGGCUUCCUGAUAGUGAGGUUUGGCACACAGGACACCAGGCGAUCUGACUUGGUCAUGGCCAAUCGGGGAGGAGCUACGAGACCCAAUGGGCCCAACGCAGGGAACAAGAUCUGUCAGUUUAAGCUGGUGCUGUUGGGGGAGUCAGCUGUUGGAAAGUCCAGCUUAGUGCUUCGCUUCGUCAAGGGCCAGUUCCAUGAAUUCCAGGAGAGCACAAUAGGAGCGGCCUUUCUCACUCAAACAGUGUGUCUAGAUGACACAACAGUGAAAUUCGAAAUCUGGGACACUGCAGGCCAGGAGCGUUACCACAGCUUGGCACCCAUGUAUUACAGAGGAGCACAGGCUGCCAUUGUGGUCUACGACAUCACAAACGAGGAAUCCUUUGCACGGGCUAAGAACUGGGUGAAGGAGCUGCAGAGACAAGCCAGCCCAAAUAUCGUCAUCGCUCUGUCAGGCAACAAAGCUGACCUAGCCAGCAAGAGAGCCGUCGACUUCCAGGAUGCCCAGUCCUACGCAGAUGACAACAGCUUACUUUUCAUGGAAACAUCAGCUAAGACUUCUAUGAAUGUGAACGAGAUAUUUAUGGCUAUUGCAAAGAGAUUGCCGAAGAGUGAGCCCCAGGCUGUAGGACCAAACACCACACGCACCCGGGGAGUGGACCUGACAGAAGCCGCCCAGCCAGCCAAGGCUCCGUGCUGCAGUAACUAACGUGAAGAACGCCUUCCCUCCAACCAACUUGUACAGCAGUAGCUAAUGCGACUGAUGCCCUGACUGCCAGUGCAGUUACUAAUGCAAUGUGUUGUACUCUUAUCUCCACACCUCUGAACGGCAAAACGAGAAAAGAUGCCCUGUGCCCACUUUUAGUUUUUUUCAGUGUAGUGAAGUCAACUCCAUUACACUGAUCUCUCUUUUCCUACAUCGUGGUUCUGCUGGUACCUGGUGAAGCCUCCUUACCAUCCACUCUUACUUUCUGUCAUCUAGCUUUUUGCGUCCAUCAGUUAUUACUGAGAGAACAAUGGCAGCAGGUUCUAGAGAUUAUUAGUGUACCCUGCUUUCCAUAAUCUUCCUUCCAACAUGUAGAUGUGGGAAGUGACCAUUUCCCUUUUCUUGGAUAGCUUUAGACAAAAAAUCUAAAACACAAAUCAUCUGUUUUUGGCAAUUUUUGGAUAAUUUUUUGCUAGAAGUAAGUCAGAACUGUGUAAGCACAUAUCUGUAUAGUCACGUGGCCUAAAGUGGAAAAACUAAAAAAAACGGCAGCAGCCCAGCCAAAAGUCAUUCGGAGAAGAGGAGUGUAUUAAUAAUGCGAGGGUGGAAAAGUGGAGGUUGGAGACAGAUGGAGAAGAACCCAAAUCUUCAUCAAUUUGUUUUUCACCAGGAAACCUUUAUGUUGAAGUAAAAAAACAAACAGCUGUGGACUGUAAUCCUUUUAGAUUUCCUCUAUCUGACUCCCCUCUGCCUGUCCACUACUGUCCACGUCCUCUCCCCACUAAACCCAAAGUAGCACUAGUGUACAUUCUCUUCCACCCUUGUAGGCUCUAUUCCGGGGCCAUGCCUGCUUCUAGCCGUCCCCAGUGGCAUUGUGCAAUGUUUCAUGGUCUUAAGUCUGUGAGUUUAAGUGUCAGGACCAGUACAGAAGAGCAGAGCCCCCUGCUACACCCAGCUUUCUCCACAACAAGGCGCAGGGGGGGUCUCUGAGCAGCUCGCCAGUGUCACCGCCUCGUGCAGUGUCCUUUCAUAAAUCGUGUGUAGACCAACCCUCCGUGGUCAUACUGGGGUCUCAUAGGUUUGUGCCUUUGGAUGAUUUAGUAAUCGCAGGUGAACUUUACUGUCGUGUAGAUGUUGAUGGACGGCUGCUGGGAUUGCACAGGGGCAAAAAGCUAUGGUGAUGGUAGCGAGCAGGGAGUUGCAAUAUGUCCGUUUGCUUCAUAAUCACCUUUUGAACUGUUAAUUAUUUGUCAUCUCUUGAUAAGGAAGUGCUUUAGACACGGUCAUGUGUCGCUGUGUACAAACUGGGCCUGGCUGGCUGGUGACAGAUCUCAUCCAUAGACUUACUCACACGUGCCCGUUUAUUUUCAAACACAUAAAAAUCUAAUUUUCCCCUUUGAACUCUGUGCGACCUAAACAUUAUUGUACAUAAGCACGCGCACACAUGUAGUCUGUUACAGUACCACCUCACAACAUAUUUGUGUUGUAUUUUUUUGUCCAACCCCCCCCAACUAUACAUCAUUGUUAUAUACACACGCACACACACUCAUAACUCUUUUUACAGACCUGUCUUACUCAUGCCUUGCACUAAUGAUGCUCAUAAAUAUAUCUUGUCAUUAUUACAGCCAGUGUGAUAUAAAUAUAUAUAAAUAAAUAUAAAUAUAUAAAUAAUAUACUGUAAAUAGGGUGUUGCAGUGUAGUCUACCUUCUUUGAUUUACCAGUGACCGGACUAAUGUUUGCUAGGGAGCUGUCUAGAUAAUCAUUAAGAAAAACUGUACAGUUGGAGAAAGAAAAAAAAAACAGCAUUGGAGUUUUGUUGCUGUUCCUUUUCCACACAAAUGGUUAAGUCAUAAUCAGUGGCGGUCUUUAUAAAUGUAUGUAGUGUUCUAAACAAGAAAAAUUAAAUUGCAUUUAUUUAGUCAUCUGUCUUGUACCUUUUUAUUUUCCCUCACAAGAAAAUGGUUUCUAUUUUGUAACACUCUGUUUGGAUUUCACUAAUGGUUUUGUUUGUAGUGGCAUCAGGCUGCGAUUCCUUGUCCGGCUCUCCUCCACCUGUAGUUAGAUCUGAACCUCCAGAAGCUCCUCAAAGCUCCAGAGGAGUCGGACACGAUAGAAAACAGUUUGGUUAAUCAGCCGUCUGCCCCACCAUAACAUCUCAGUAACCUUGUGACCAUAUUGUAGCAAACUAUUAACAACUGUCAACCGGGAUCGAUGGUGAUUCAUGAGUAGAAUAAUUAUGAAUUAACACCUAAUGGGGACGUAAAUUGUAUGGUUUUGUUUUGUUUUUUGCCACGAACACUUAAUUGCAGCAGAAAAACCUAAAAAUGCAAGCGUUUUACAGUACUGUUAUGUAAUGACCAAAUAAAUACUGAAAUAAAGUUGAUCAUUUAUUAUUUGAA